AUGGCAGUACCUCUGAUCAAUAUAACCAAUACAUCUUCUGACAUCUCUGUAUCUGCAACUCGCACAUCACUAUCUUCGACUGCUAUUAGUGAUAAACUUCGUGUAUUGCGUGAAAAAUGUGCUCAAUUCAAAAAAUGUGACAUUCAUACGAUGAAUGCUCUUAGUGCAGCAGGUUUUUCUUAUACAAAUCAAGGUGAUACUGUACGCUGCGGGACUUGUGGACUCGAAGUAUCGAAUUGGGAUGCCAACAUGUCUCCAUUUCUAAUUCAUGCUCAGCGUAGUCCAUCCUGUUCAUUCGUUCGUUCAUUUCAAGCGGCACAGAAUCGUAUCAAACAAACAGCUCAUCAAAGAAAUGAAUCAAAGUGUUCUCGUAAAAAAAUCAUUUUUGAAAACGAUAUUGUUAAACAAGUUCGUGUUCGAACAUUCUCUAAUUGGCCACAUCAAACAUCACCUUCUCGUGCACAAAUGAUUGAAGCUGGUUUUUAUCGAUGCAAUGUGCUCGAUCGAGUCAUUUGUUUACAUUGUGAUUUGAUUUGUCAACAAUGGAUACCACUCGUCGAUGAUCCAAUUGAAGUCCACCGAACAUUAUCACCGAAAUGUCCUUUUGUAAUAGCCAUGCUAACAAAAACUGAAGAGGUAUCCAUAUCGCCACCGGCUAUUAUCAAUCAAUCAUCGACAAACAGCACUAAUCAACCUUCUUCGAGCCUGAACAACAUUGAAUUGUUACGUGUUGGUAACGUUGCUAGUGCUUCUCCCCAUCACAGUGCCUAUGCUGAAACACCAAAACGUGAAGCAUCCUUUGCGACCUGGUCCAAGGAAGAAUUACCUACCAUAGAUAAUCUUGUUCGAGCUGGUUUCUUCUAUAGUGAAACAGACAACACCGUGACAUGCUUCUAUUGCAAUGGUUCUUUGCAUGAGUGGAGUUCACACGACGAUCCAGUGAUGAAGCAUGCUCAUUGUUUUCCCCAUUGUGCUUAUAUCAAACAGCUUUGUGGUGAUGACGUUCUUCGUAAAAUUCAAGAAGCGAAGCAACUCGAACAACAACGUGAAAUAAUAAAUAAUGGAAACAUACAGACUAUGACAACACCAAAGAAUAUCUUUGACGAACAUACGUGUGGACGUAUGGUUGCUGCACGUCUUGAUUUGCCUAUUUCACAAAAAUUACUCAGCCAAAAUUUUUCUUUGUCAAUCAUUCGACGUUGUUGGGAAGAUCAACUUCGACUAAAAGGUGAUGAUUUUGUCAGCGAUAAUGAUUUGAAAAUCGCUUGUACUAUUCUACAAAAGCAGAUCGAAUGUAUCAAUGGAAAUAAAGAAAACAUAAUUGUACCCAGCAUAGAAAUGGCAAAACGUCGCGAGUCAAAUAACAACAAUGCGAUGGAAACUGAUUCAUCAUCUCUAAUCAAUAUAAGCAAUGGUCCCAUUUGUCAACCAUCAUCAUCAAACCAAAUGCCAACAAAAGUCAAUGAAAUGAAUACGGAAAAUAGUAAAUCACCGUCGAAUCCCUGUGCACUCUGUUUGACAGAAGAAAGAAAACUCGCUUGUAUACCAUGUGGUCAUUUGGCAACAUGCGUACCUUGUGGUCACUCUCUACGAAAAUGUCCUUUGUGUCGACAAAACAUCAAAGCUUAUCUGAGAAUUUAUGUCUAA